AUGAAUCCUUUUACUCUCGUUAACCUAGGCUCAGACGCUUGCUCACCAUGGAUUGGCGUCAAUACAGACACAUCUGUAAAGAGAUAUCUGAUCGACGAGUGCUCUACUGUUCCGCAACUCUUCUUCAAAGUGACCAAAACUUAUCACAAAAGGCGUGCCUUUGGUUGUCGUCUGGUAUUAAAUGAAGACGACGACCACAUUAUAGACGGACGAGUGUUGAGUAGAUUUAGAUUAAGUGCUUAUAAAUGGUUUAAUUGGCGAGAAAUUGAUGACAAAGUGGACCACAUUUCCAAAGGUUUCCUAUUUAUAGGAAUCAAACCCAAAGACAUUGUCAUGAUUUUGGCCGAAACACGACUCGAAUGGUUGCUCUCGUGUCAGGCUGGCACCAAUACUGCCGAGUCUUUCCCGCCGGAUGUGUUGAUAACAUACAUACAAGAGUUGUCUGUCUAUGAAAUGGACACUUCUUCUGCUUCUUCUACUUCUUCGUCGACUACUUUGGUCUCAACGCCGAAGUCAGUGAAGAGACGCUCAAAGAGACGGGUUUUCGGCUCAAAGGGUCGCAAGACUUACAGAUGUAAUGAAGACAAUUGCGACCGAAGUUAUUACACGCGAAACAACCUCUUGAGACACUUCCGACUCAAUCAUAUCACCCAAUCAUAGCCCGACUCUUGUGUCUCACCACAGGUUUAAUGAUAAUUAAUAUUUAAUUAAAAGUUUGUGAACUAAUAAGUGAUGUCU